AUGAAGAGCGCCCCUCGAAGCAGCCAGCUGUCCAGCGCCGCCACCCUAGCAGGUUCCUCUGCUUCUCUCAGCUCCCUCAACAGCAACACUACUAUUGUCCCUCAAAAUGGCGGCCCCGUCAUCGCCACCACAAACAUCAUCAACCAAAAGGCCGAUGCCUCUCGAUCUCUCUACCAAAUUUGCGUAGCUCUCAAACAGCGUCUGGCCCAGGUCCCCGACUUCCAGCCUUUUCUCGACCAGCUAGAUCCCGAUGAACCCGUCGACUCACUAUGGAACCUCUUCCGUUCCGGACACCCUCUCCUCAUCAUCUACAACUGUCUGCAGGGCGAGCCCCUGAAGGUUGAGGACCCAAAUGCCUCCGAGGCCAAGAAGUCAAAGAUUGCCAUUUUCAAAUUUGUUCAAGCCUGCCUCAAGGAGCUGCAAUUGCCUCCUGCUGAUACCUUUGUCAUUACCGACUUGAUGGGAAACGACACAAGUGGCUUUGUCAAGGUAACGCAAGUUGUCAACUGUGUGCUCGACCUUGCUGAACAAAGCGGACACUUGCUGCAACCGCAAUUAGUACCCGAGCAAGAGUCGACUGCGCCUGUUGCUGGCACACAUAUGAGCUACAGGGAUCACAUUGUAAAGGAACUUGUCGAUACCGAGCGUAAAUAUGUCCAAGAUUUGGAAAACUUGCAUGAUCUCAAGAAGAGAUUAGAGCAGAAAGGUGACGUCCCCGGCGAUAUUGUGCAUCAAAUUUUCCUAAACAUCAACGCUAUUCUCGAUUUUCAACGACGAUUUCUCAUUCGCGUGGAAACCACCAAUUCCAUGCCUAAGGAACAGCAGCGGUGGGGUGCACCAUUCUGCUUCUACGAAGGCGCCUUCGACAUUUACCAACCCUUCAUUGCCAACCAACGAAAAGCGGGCCAAAUUGCGAAUCUGGUUUUUGACAAGAUCCAACUAUCAGAACACCCUGUCGCGGCCGAUUUCAAUACUUUGGGUGGCUUCUUGCUUAAGCCAAUGCAGCGUCUUGGCAAGUAUCCUCUGCUCCUCAAGGACCUCUGCAAAAAGACGGAAGAUGAACAAGUCAAGCAAGAUCUUCAAACAGGCUACGAGGCCGCGCAACGAGUCGUUCACAAGGCCAAUGAUGCUGUGAACCGCGCCCUGCUCGACGAAGCCCUGGACGAUCUCAUGGUCAGAGUUGACGACUGGAAAUCCCAUAAGGUGGAGCAAUUCGGGCGCCUACUUCUGCAUGGCAUUUACGGCGUCAUAACUGGCAAGACCGAACAAGAGAAGGAUUAUGAGAUCUACCUCUUCGAAAACAUCUUGCUAUGCUGCAAGGAGGUUUCUGGCACCAAGAGCAAGGACAAGAAAGAAAAGACUCGCUCCCAGGGCCCCAAGAUUAAGAACAAGAAUGCCAAGCUACAGCUAAAAGGCAGAAUUUUCAUGACUAACGUGACAGAUGUCGUGUCUCUUUCCAAGCCUGGCUCUCACUCUGUUCAAAUCUGGUGGAAGGGCGACCCUGGUGUGGAAAACUUUACCAUCAAGUUCGUGCACGAGGACAUGAUGAAGACGUGGGCCGACGGUCUCGAGACACAGCGGAAGAUGAAUGCCCCGCGUUUGUCGGUGAGCAGCGAGUCUGCGGCUCCAGACUUUGCCUGGACGCGAGAUCAUGGCAUCGCAAACCCUUACCUUCAGCAAGAUGAGGAUGAGGAAGACGAAUAUGGCCCUGCCACGGCACCUGCACAGUUUCCGAUACCACCAGGCUCAUCUAUGCCUCGCACAUCAUCCAGCUCAAAUGUCCGUCAACGAUCCAUGACCGGAGAUAGCACACAGUCUCUGGCCUCUAUUGCCAGGGCACCGCCGCCUAGAUUCCCGUUGCCACUGCCUCCUGCGCCCCUCAGCCUUCAAACAGGAAGCAACGGCGCGCCGUCUCCCGGUAAUCGAGGUGGCGACUCCUACUUCUCACCUGUUGCCGACUCGCCUGUCUCUUCUCGCGCCAGCACCACAAGCGGUGUCUUCCCAGGUUCGCUAUACCACUUCCCUAAUAAAAAUGGCGGUUCCUCCGGCUCCGGUUGGGAUGAGAAUGCCCGGUACACAGCGCCUGCGAUGCCUCGCGCCCCGUCUCGGGAUGGGCCUCCCUCAUCCUACAACAAGCCUCCCCGCGGUCCAUCACUACCAGUCAUGGCAUCAACCUCUGGCUCGGCUCAGCAGCAACGCAGUCGCUCCUAUAGCACCCCCGAUGCCGGUAUUCCCGGUCUUCCGCGACAGCGACAACCUAGCCAGGGUAACAUUCCAGCAGUGCCUGGCAUUCCUCAGCACCUGCACGACAGUCAAAUCGCGCGAUCGCAGAACGGUUCUCCGCGAAACGACCUACCCAUACGAACGAACAGCAGCAGCCCCGGUGCCGCAAGACAGCCCAUGCACAAACAUUCCGGUAGUCUGGGUGGCACCAUGUCACACUUUCCAGUCCAGCCCAUAUACUCGCGCCAAAACACCCCGAGCAGCCAGGGCUCGGCGAUGUUGCGCGUCGAUCCUGUGGCUGCCAACUCGCGAAAUGGCUCCCCCGCCCUGCCGACUGCACCACUUGAGCCGCCCUCCAGUGACUCUUUUUCCAGCGACAUGCCUUUGCCGACACAGCUCAAGGUUCGCGUCAAUUGCGACAGCGGCAACUAUAUCACGCUCGUUGUAGCCUUUAACAUUAGCUACCAAUCUUUGAUUGAUCGCAUCGACGCAAAGCUUGCACGCUUCAUGAACAGCAGCAUUGGCAAGGGAAAUUUGAAGCUACGCUACCGCGACGAGGAUGGCGACUUUGUCACCAUUGAAAGUGACGACGACAUUCAAAUCGCCUUUAUGGAAUGGCGUGAAGGUGUGCGCAACAUGUACUCUGGCGGCGUCGGGGAGAUUGAACUGUUUUGCGUGGGUGACGUUUCCUAG